AAAUUGAGGAUGUUUUGGAUUUUGGGGGACGAUUCCAGGCGGCAUUGCCGCCGCCGGAACAUGUUUAUGAAAACCUUCCGGGCGGCAUCGAAUGUUACGAAUGACUCGAGAGGCAACACCUACAGGAGGAGAGAGAUGCUUUGCAUCAUCUAGAUGGCUCCAUCCUACUUGCUCGUGCCUACCUUGGCUUCCAGGGUGCGCGGAGAGAGGUUGAGCACAUUCUUGCGGGGAUGAGUGGGAAGAAUCUGAAGCCAACCAACUGGGGGGCCAAGAGGCAGACACCGCUGGAACGAUACUGUCGACGCAAGUGGAAUAGACCAGAGAAACUCUCGGCGAGCGAGCUUGCUCGACGCCAGCAGCAGUGCUCCGAGUAUUUGGUUUCUAAGGGGUUGCCAACGUUGCCACCAACAGAGACCCCCUUCCAAAAUACAGUCCCCUCCCCAUUAAUGGCCCCAACUAUGGAACCAGGUGGUGCUAGUCAAUCUAGAUCAAGAAGCAUGGAUGUCGUUGAAGCUACACCUGGAAAUCUCAGACAGUCUCCACCGCGAGGUUGCCAUGGGCACUCACCCUUGCGUUCAAAGCGAGAUCAUUUGGCUGCUCGCCAGCCUUAUCUUUGGGACCUGCAGCAUCGGAAGGCUAGGCGCCGCACGUCUCCAAUACCUUCCCCAGGCCCAAGAAAGGUGUCUCAUCUGACCUCUCCUUCUCAUGGAUGUGGUGAUCAUUCUUCUCUUCCUUCUCCCCACUGGUGCGUGCCUUCUCCUCGUGACGCGCCUUCCCCUUUUCGGUGGCCCAUUUCUUCCCCUCCUUGGCCGCGUGCUCCCUCCCCCCAUCAGCGCACUCCUUGCCCUCUUGAUGUCGCUCCAGGCCCACCCUCUCCUUCUCGUGGACCCGCUCCCUCUUCUCGGAGGCCUGCCUCUCCUCGCCCACGCUCACCUUCCAUCCCCCAGCAACAUGCCCCUUUCCAUCAGCGCUCACCAGCAACAAGUGUUGAUGAAAAGACGGAUGUGGAUGCCCCAUCGUCGCAACCACUACAAGUAGGUAACAUAUGCCACCUGCCCCACCUACUCAAUCCCGUCAGACUCUCCCCUACGCAUCUUGGCAUUGCUUAAGAACCCCCCUUGACAGUGUGCACUUCACGUCGUUUGACAGAACGACUCUGAAC